GUAUUUCGGAUGAAGUAACAAAAAAAAAAAAAAAGAAAAGAAAAGAAAAAAGGAAAUUACAUUGUAAUAAAUCGCAAUAAACAUUUUCUUUCGCUCCUCGUUAUUUCAUCCUCAUUUCACUUGUGAUUAUCGCAGAGAGUUCAAAUGUUAAUGUUGAAUUGACACAACUUCCAGGAUAAAAAAAAAAAAAAUCUAAUUUAAAAAUUGUUAAUACUUUAAUACUUUAUAUAAAAAGAUAAUAUUGUAUAUUUUUUGAUUAGAUAAAAUAAAGUAUUAUAAUCAUUUUUUUAAUUGUAAUUAUUACGUAGAAUCGGCUAUCAGUUGCGUAAUUAAAAUUCUAACAUCUGACAACACAAUUUUAAAUGAAACACGUAUUCAUCGAGCAUCAGUUCACGGUUAAAAACGAAUUGUAUUAUCACGUGUAAGAUCUCUCUACUUCUAAUACUUCAAUUUUAAAAUUGAUUUUUGUUAGUAAUUUUAGAACGAAACAAGGGACAAUGACUGUACACGUUUCUACUUUCUCUGUUAAUAUAUUGAUACAAUACACGACAAGUAUUUUGCUCGUUCUAUUGACAAUACGUAACGAUAUUUCGUCUGCCAAAAUUUGCAACGCAUCAUUGGAAAAUUGGCAAUCUCGAAUCGGUAUACUUAUUUCACCGAUAAUCUCGGGAUCAAUGAUGCGCGAAAUAGAAAUUUAUUGGAACAACGUCAAUAUUGAACCUGAGGAUAAAAUCUCGCUAUACGCGGAAGACUCUGAGGGACUUCAACGUGAAAUUUACACCGUGGUUCCGGACGAUUCGAGCGGGAUUCAAAAAACCGGGGUGUUGGCCGAAUUUGUGCCCAGCGCUAAUCUUUCUUUCGUGUCCAAAUGUAUAAAGUACGGAAUAAUAUGGAAAACGAAGAGAGGAGACAUAAAAAAAAUCGAUUGUUUAAAAACGUAUCCAACGUGGAUGAAAGACAUGAAUGAUAUUCUCGGUCCUUUGAAGAUAAAGGAUAUAUUUUUACCCGGAACCCAUGAUUCCGCGGCUUACGAUGUGAACGGCAAUAUAAUAAGCAUCAUUUCGAAAUUUGCCGUGACACAGGAUUUAGAUAUUCUUGGACAAUUGAUACACGGUGUACGAUACUUGGACAUCAGAUUGGGCCAUUAUCCCGACGACAGUGAGGUAUGGUGGACGAUCCACGGCCCAUUUUAUCGUUCAGUCCCGUUAAGGAUUGUUAUAGAUCACGUGAAAAAUUUUCUCGACAAUACCGAGGAAAUCGUGAUAAUGGACAUACGUGAAUUCGCCGUUGGUUUCAAUAAUUAUUCCGACCAUCGCGCGUUGGUGUCCCAUUUGGAAGACGAGUUUCGCGAUCGCUAUCUGAUCCGAAAUAAUCAAGGAUGGGGCGUCACGUUGAACGAGAUCUGGUCUUCUGGGAAAAGAUUGAUAAUCGGUUACGAGGAUUCGAAAGUCGUGGCUAAUCACGCCAGUGUCUGGCCUUGUGUGACGCAUAAAUGGGGGAAUGUCAAGACCGUUGAGGACUUGUACAAAUAUUUGCAUAAAAUUGAAACCAACAAUAGGGACAGCAUUCUGAGACCCCGAUCUGCGAUGGCGGAAUUGACACCGGAUUUUAACGAUAUCAUCUCGAAUAGAUUGGGAAAUCUUCGAGAUAUGGCGCAUAGAGUUAAUUUGAAUGUGACUAAUUGGUAUAGCACCAUUUGGCAGUACACUGCGAAUAUAGUAGCUACAGAUUUCGUAAGGGACACGGAUAUCGUUCAAGUUGCUAUUAAAUCUAACAAAAAUCGUUAUCUCUAUUGUAAGCACAAUAAUUUAAUUUGAUUGAUUGAUUGAUUUAAUCGUUAAAGAAAAGAAUUUAUUUUUAUAUUGAAUUUGUUUUGCAUAUGCUGUAAAUAAAUAUUGUAAAUAAUAUCGGUAAAUCUUCAGACGGGAGAUUUUUAUGAUCUAUAAAUAAUAUGUAUUCGAGCAAUAAAAUCUUUUAAAUAAGA